UUCGAAUAACGUGGACACAAUAUUCUUCUUGAGAUUCGUUUCUUAAAUAAAAAUCGUCAAACCCGAAUUCGCAUUAUGUCAAAAGCUUUUCUCUAUGUCAUCGGUGCAUGUUCAGUAGCCAUCUUCCCUAAUUUUGUGCAGGCCGACUUUAAGCAAGACUAUGUGGAAUAUUCAAAAAUUUUAUGCGUCGAGCGACUAGGUGUAUGCAGAAAUCAACUUGCCACUGGCUACUUCGACGUCGUUAUCAACGCGACAGACGAUGAUUUGAAUGCAAUAUGUGAUGGAAAACCACGCGACACUAGAGCUUCCCAAUGCAUGAUGUUGUGUGAAAUGCAACUUAAGGGAUGGAUGGACGAAAGAGGAGUUUUUCAACCGUCCGGUUAUAUUGAAUAUAUGGAAAGCUUACCGCACAAAGCCGAUGCAAAAUAUUGGCAAACAGUUGAAGCCGUUGCUGAAUCAUGUAAAUUUUAUAAGGAAAUAGAUGGAUGCCAAAAUGCUUACGUGACUGUAAAAUGUCUGGCAGAUGAAGGUCAUAAAUAUGGUUAUGAUGGCUUCGGUCUUCACUACUUAACCUAUGUCGUUACCGUGUACGUAUAGAUUUAUUGUGAGUAUGAUUAACUGGAUGAUCAAAAAUUUGUAAUAAAUAAAAAUUGUCACACGUACUGAUGCCUUGCGUUGGACACAAAAAACGUA